UUAUUAUUGAGUUUCAAAAUUUCUUUGCGCGAAAUUAUGUAUCUCUCCUUGCGUUCUGAGUCUGUUGCCCGACGCAGGGUUUCUCCACGCUGCAGUUAGUAAUUAUUUAUUCCAGGCGGCCAGUGUUAGUUACAUCAUCAUCCCAUUUGCGACGCACGCCAUUUUCUGACAAGAAGCCAAGCCAGAGCUUCCUCGUGUCUCUCCCCGAGCUGCCAUCAUGAUAAUGACAUGAAAUCAAUCAAUCUCGGCUUCUACUACUCCUCCAGUUCUCACCUCCGCUACCCUUCGUCUGGCAUACUUAACUUGCGCUAAGCCAUGAGGGAGAAGCCGCCCAACAUGCCGAUUACUGAGAGCACUCCGCUGCUAGUCGUCCAAGUAGCUUCACGCCGCCCACGAUAUCGUCACUCGACACUUCGGGGUGCUUGUUCCUUGGGUCUUGCUACCCUCCUAUCUAUUGCGGUGGUCCUUUUUCUUGUCCCGUUUGCUGUCCUACCUCGCGAUCACGGAUCUAUUUGUUCCUAUCUUCCAUGGUCCAACCCUUUCCCGCACACGUCAUGGCCUCACGGGAACGGCCUCAACUACACAGCUUUGCAAAACAUCCUCCAAACCCUUCCAAGUGCUGAAAAAGCCAAGGAAUGGAGCAAAUAUUAUACGUCGGGCUCGCAUUUAGCUGGUAAAAAUCUUAGCCAGGCCAUAUGGACUCAGGAAAGAUGGCAGGAAUAUGGUCUUGAAACUAGUAUCUCUUCAUAUGACGUAUACAUCAACUAUCCAGCAGAUCAUAGGUUGGCGUUGCUUGAAAAGAAAGGAGGAAAUACGGUAGUGAAGUUUGAAGCAACAUUGGAAGAAGAUGUCCUGCCUGAGGAUUCUACAAGUGGUUUGGUCGAUCGCAUCCCUACCUUCCAUGGCUAUUCGUCAAGUGGGAAUGUCACAGCCCAAUUUGUGUAUGCCAACUUUGGAACAUACCAGGAUUUUGAAGAUCUCAUUAAAGCGAACGUCAGUCUAGAGGGGAAAAUCGCUUUGGUAAAGUACGGUGCUAUCUUUCGCGGCUUGAAAGUGAAGCGUGCACAGGAGCUCGGGAUGGUGGGUGUUGUUAUAUACUCAGACCCGCAGGAGGACGGUGAUAUAACUGAAGCAAACGGCUAUGAGGCGUACCCAGACGGCCCGGCUCGCAACCCUAGUGCUGUGCAGCGGGGUAGCGUGCAAUUUUUAAGUAUUGCACCUGGCGAUCCAACGACUCCAGGGUAUCCUUCUACCCCAGGCUGCCCUCGCAAAGAUCCGCGUCAUUCAAUUCCGUCAAUUCCAUCGCUCCCAAUAUCAUACAAAGAGGCUAUACCUCUUCUCAAAGCUCUGAAUGGACAUGGACCUAAGGCCUCUGAUUUCGAUGCGCACUGGCAAGGCGGUGGGCUCAGCCACAAAGGAGUGGAGUAUAAUAUUGGUCCAACACCAGAAGACGUUGUUUUGAAUCUGUACAAUGAACAAGAAUACAUUACAACACCGAUCUGGAACGUAAUCGGGGUCAUCAAGGGCACUAUUCCGGACGAAGUGGUUAUUCUUGGCAACCACAGAGACGCUUGGGUUGCAGGCGGGGCCGGAGACCCGAAUAGCGGCUCCGCCGCUCUUAACGAAGUGAUUCGUAGCUUUGCCCAUGCUAUGAAGGCUGGUUGGAAACCACUUCGUACCAUUGUCUUCGCCAGCUGGGAUGGGGAAGAGUAUGGCUUGAUCGGCUCCACAGAGUGGGUGGAGGAGAAUCUCACCUGGCUCUCCAAGUCUAUCGUUGCCUAUCUCAAUGUCGACGUGGCUACCAGUGGACAACAUUUCAAAGCAAGUGCCAGCCCCUUACUAAAUAAAGCUAUCUAUGAGGCCACUAGCCUCGUCCUUUCACCAAAUCAGACCGUCGAAGGCCAGACUGUCCUUGACGUUUGGAACGGCAAAAUUUCCUCCAUGGGAAGCGGAAGUGACUUUACUGCCUUCCAGGACUUUGCCGGCAUUCCCUGUGUCGAUUACGGUUUCAAACGGAAGGAUGGGGAUGCGGUAUACCAAUACCAUUCAAAUUACGACAGUUUUGACUGGAUGAAUCACUACGGCGACCCGAACUGGACGUACCAUAUUGCCGCUGCGAAAGUCUGGUCUUUAACAGCCGCAUACCUGGCAGAGAAACCUGUUUUGGGCUUGAACGCAACCGAUUACGCCAGUGGGCUAGCCAUGUACCUGGACACCGUGAAAGAGAAAGCAACCACUGGAUUUAGCUUCAAGUCACUUGAUGCCGCGAUUGUAAAUCUAUACAACGCCGCAGUUGCAUUUGAUGCAUACACGUCGUCACUUACAAAGCAACUCGAUGAGGAUCUGCCCUGGUGGCAGUGGUGGAAGAAGGUACAACUUUUCUUCAAGAUUCGUGCGGCAAAUGACAAAUAUAAAUACCUAGAACGGAAAAUGCUGCACCAGCAGGGCCUGGAUGGGCGAAACUGGUUCAAGCAUGUUGUAUUCGCACCAGGCUUGUGGACUGGGUAUUCCGGUGCACCAUUCCCUGGCCUCGUCGAGAGCUUUGAGAGUGGUAAUUUGGAUAAUGCCAAGAGAUGGAGAGCUAUCAUUCAGGAGAAAAUAGACGAUGCCACGGCCUUGCUGAAGUGAUACCCUUAAAUGCAAAAAGGAAAUUUCAGGCCUAAGGCUGGUAAGGAGGCUCUAAACGCCACGAGCACAUGCCUUGUUCGGCAGCUUCGGCUUACAGAAAGUGUGGUUUCGUCUACAGAUUUCGGCCAUUUACAAUUAAUCUCUUACCAAG